AUGUCAUUAAUCGUAGCUGGCAUCGAAAUGGGUGGUACAGGAUGUAAAGUAGCUAUCAGUGGUGAAAAUGGACAAUAUGAUAGUCAAUAUUCAUUACAAAUUCUGACAACAACUUCUGAAAAUACUUUAAAUGCAAUGUAUAAUUGGUUAGGAUCGAAAAAAUUAGAGCGACCAUUUGUUGCACUUGGUAUUGCCUGUUUCAGAUCUAUUGAUCUAGAUAAAACAAAUCUCAAUGAACCAAUUGCUUUUGAAACUGAUGUUAAUGCACCAACAGUGAUAGAAGUUGCACUUCAAGGUGAUGCAUCACUAGCAUAUAUUACUAUUGGAACAGAUGUAAGUAUUAAUCUCAUUAUUGAAACUCAUUCCGUUCAUGGCCUAAUGCAUCCAAAAGAUGCGCAUAUUCAAUGUCAAGGCUUAUCUAUUGAAUAG